CGACAAUGUAGUGCACGUUUACUAAGCACUACGCUUCAGCCGUCUGAUUCAGUUGAAAUCAAACCGUUCGUGUUAGUUGUUCAGUGCGCGUGUAUUCUUUUAUUUUGAAAUUUCGUCUAUUUUUUCUCAAAAACAAAUUUCAUUCAAACGUUCCAUCCCGGUCAUUUGAAUCGACGAUCUAAGGCAGAUCAUCAUUUUCUUACGUCUUUUCGGGUUGUUGUUUUUUUUUUUAAAUCGGAAUUAUAGAAAUUCAGUUGUGGAUUACACGCUUUUCAUUCAGAAAUACUGAUGAAUUUAAAAUAACAGAAAAAAAACAAUUUUUUUCUACAUACGAUUUGUGAACAUUCUCAUUGAAAAAGGAAUUUAAAAAAACGUUCUGGUGUGGAUUUAACUUAUCAGCAAAAUUUACAUCGAAAAUAAAGAAAAACGUUUGGCCACAAGCUCGGGAUAUUUUAAAGCAUAUGCUGAAUAGAAUUGUAAUACGUACUUAUUUGUGGAAAUAAAGAUUUACUGCUCACCGAAAGGAAAAGGAGAAAUAAACAAGAAUUUGUGAUAUUUGAAUGUUGAUGCCAUCCAUAAUAGCGUCCUAAAUCAGUCUGUGUCUGUAUUAAAUAAAAAGAUUUGAUAAACAGAAAAGUAUAAAAAAUAUUCGAAAUGAUACAGAAUUGUAUGUGCUAAUCGAUUAAAAGUACUAGUGUGUUCGAAAAGAGUGAUAUAAGAGAAGUAAGAAAAAGUCCGUCAAAAAGGGAAAGGAACCGAUAAGGGUUUUUAUUGUGAAUUUUUUUAGUUUCAUCGGAAACCAUAAGGAAAUAAUUUCUAAAUCAUGUUGAUGCCAGGAGCAACAGACACAGAUGCAGCAUUAGCUGCAAAUGUUAUCGUACGUGCAUCUUACGAUAGUGUUAUACCAGCUAGCACAGCAAUGGCAUCAGUGACACAGGGCAAUGGUAUCGUAUCGCCAACCACACCGGCCUCUGUGGCCAGUCAACAAAAAGACACAACCUGGACAAAAUUAUUUGUUGGCGGUCUACCAUAUCACACCACCGACAAAAGUCUUAGGGAACAUUUUUCAAUUUAUGGCGAUAUCGAAGAAGCUGUUGUGAUCACUGACCGACAAACAAACAAAAGCAGAGGCUAUGGCUUUGUGAUAAUGGGUAAUCGGGCGAGUGCUGAACGUGCCUGCAAAGAUCCAAAUCCAAUCAUUGAUGGACGUAAAGCAAAUGUUAAUCUUGCAAUAUUAGGAGCAAAACCACGUGGAAAUAUCACACCCGGUUUUCCAUUUGCUGCUGCAUCGGCCGCCGGAAUCGGUGCAGGCGCUUAUCCUGUUCUUCAAAAUCAAUUUGGUGUACCACAAUCAUAUGUCUAUGGAUCGCCGUAUCUAGGAGCAGCCACAACUGCAUCGGCGGCUGGUUUGGUCCCAAUUCAAGCCACGCAAUUGUCACAUGCAGCCGCUAUUGCUGCAGCAACCAAUCAAUUCUAUGAAUAUCAACAAAAUGUUGCAGCUGCUGCUGCUGCACCUUAUCCCGGACAAUAUGCUGGUUAUGAGGCAUAUCCAUACUCGAGCGCCGCGGCCGCCGCCGCAGGAGCUGCUGCAAAUUAUAUGGCACCAUAUACGUAUACAACUUUACCACAAACAGCAGGAAUGGCAGCUGUUGCAGCGGCCAACGGAUUGCAUGGUUUAUCACCAUAUCAGGGUGCUGGCGGAGCCGCAUUACAAGAGGCAAGACUUCAAUGAUAUCCGAAAAAUUUGUGUAUUCUAAAGUAGUAGUCGUAGAAUCUAGAUCAAAACAAUAAAUAAAAGAAAACAAAAAAUGGUGUAGAAAAUGAUCCAACCGAAGAAUUGAGAUUGUCCACCGGAUAAAACUUUUCACAUGAAAUUGAAUUUUCUUUUAAAUCUUUGAAUGCCCAACGAAUUAAUAUUUGGAAGCGAUUUACUUUUUAUUUUACUUCAAACCAGUACUUAUAUGACAGUUGCAAAUUUUUUAAGUGAUCGCUAUUUAAAUUUCAUUGAUGUAAAUAUGCUGAACCAAAAAGUAAAGUCAGAUAGCAUCUGGUCUGAAGUUCAAUAAAGAUUAUUUGCUUGUGAACAAUUUUGUUUUAAUUUCGAAUUUGUAUCCCGUGUAAUUUUUGCUCUUAGUUAAAAAAAAGAAUUUGUUGGUUUUUUUGUUCUUGUAGAGAUGUUGAUCAAAAAACGAAAAUCUAGACAAUUUUUUUAAUCAAAUUAACAAAAUCAUGAUAAACUUUUCUAAUAAAUUUUUCUUUUGCACUAUUGGUUUUUCUCAAUUUAGAAGAAAAAGUACAAAAUUAUGGGAACAUAGUUAGCAUAUAAAAAGAGAGAGACAGAGACAGAGAAAGAGGGGAUGCGUCGUAAAAUGUCUAAACACGAAUAAAAAAACGCAUAAGGAAUUGAAUUGGGAGUUGAGCAUUCAGAAGAGAAAGUGAAAAGAUUGAAGAAUUAAACAGAAGCGUGCUCACGUCACACAAGAACAAAAAACGAGAAAAAAUAAUAAUUUUUCAAAAAAAAAAAAAAAAAAAAAAAAUGAGAAUAGAAAACAUACACUCACAAAAUCCUAACUUAUGAAUCUAGCUUUAAUGGACCUAUUUCUAUGAAUAAUGUUUAAAUGAUAAUGUAAUUUAUUAACUUUUAUUAAUUAUUGGCAAUUCAAUCGGAUCAUUUCGAAGUGAAUAUUUAGAUAGCGAUCAAAUGAAUGAAUGGCGUCGAAAAGUUAAGAGCAAACGAAUUCACAUUCAUGUUAUUUUUUAUUGAAUGAAAAGAGAAGGAAAAUAAAAGUAAAAUUGAUAUUUAAAUAGAAAGUAAUCAUGGACACCGACUCAAGAGACUACAAUUUCAAGAAUAUUUUUGAAAUACACAAAACAGAACUUACCUGAACACUAUUUUAUUUUAUCUUUUUUUUGUUUCUUUUUAUCAAACUCCAUCAGAUGAACGAAGACUUAACACUUUCGCGUUGCCUUUUUUUACGAGAAGCACGUUAAAUAAUUUUUAAUGCUCUGUCAUGACAGAGGGUAUCAAGGAAACAGGCACACAAAAUGCUUAAUGUUUUAUUCAUUAACAAAAACAAACAAAUAAAUAGAACAAAUCGCAUCGUUCAAGAACCAAUUUAUUAUAUAACUAUUAUUAUAUAGAACUACGUUUAACUCUAUUACAUAAUAUAAGAGAGAAAAAAGGAUAAGAAAAUGAAAUAAAUAAAAAAAAAAUCACAUAUUUUCAUAUCAAAGUAUACAUAGAUUUUAAAAUGUAUCAAACUAUUUGUAUGAGAAAGAGACAACCAAACAAAUUCAAAUAAUUUAAAUGAAAUAUUGAAAAGAUGAAGACGAUAAAGAAGAAAGAUUACAUCUUUAAGGCAAUUUAUUGCAAUUUUUAUGCUAUCAAUAUUAAUUUAUUUCAUUUACCAAUUAGCUCGUUCGAAUCUCUGCCGUAUGCGCGAUGACUUAACUGAAUUGCAAUUUUACUGUAUAAUUUGAUAUCAGUCACUUAUAUUCAAAAUCUCGAACCUUCUCA